UGCUGCUGCAUCUCAACAUUUUUUUGUGACCAUGUUGGUUGCGCGGCUGUCAUGCCUGAGGAGUGCCCCGCUCGCCGGGCUCCGACCUGUGCUGUCACAGAGCUCUCCAGCCCUGAGAGCACCCAUCCUGAUGAGGACCUGUCCUCCUCUGCUCAGGCCCCAGCAGGGUUUAUCCUCUAAGGCCAGAUUUGGUUUCCGUCGUGUGAAGACAGCGAAAGACCAGCUCAAAGAUGCAGCUUUUGAACCAUCAAAUACCGCCAUUAAAAUUGACAGCAUGGGAAGAAUGGUUCUGGCUGGAGGUGCAGCCGUUGGACUUGGAGCUUUGUGCUACUACGGACUCGGCAUGUCCAAUGAAAUUGGCGCCAUUGAGAAAGCAGUGAUCUGGCCUCAGUAUGUGAAGGACAGGAUCCACUCCACCUACAUGUACUUUGCAGGCAGCGUUGGACUAACAGCUCUGUCAGCUGUAGCCGUCAGCAGGUCCCCGGCACUUAUGGGUCUUAUGAUGAGAGGAUCCUGGCUGGCUAUUGGAGCAACAUUUGCUGCCAUGAUUGGUGCCGGCAUGCUGGUCAGAUCAGUUUCAUAUGAGCACAGCCCGAUGCCGAAACACCUUGCUUGGAUGCUUCAUGCAGGUGUCAUGGGUGCUGUCAUCGCUCCGCUCACUCUCCUGGGAGGACCUCUGAUGAUGAGGGCCGCCUGGUACACUGCAGGCAUUGUGGGAGGUCUGUCCACGGUGGCGAUGUGCGCCCCAAGUGAAAAGUUCCUCAAUAUGGGCGGUCCAUUGGCUGUGGGCUUUGGUGUGGUUUUCGCUUCUUCUAUUGGAUCAAUGUUCCUGCCUCCGUCCUCGGCGUUCGGGGCAGGCCUGUACUCUAUAGCCGUGUAUGGAGGACUGGUCCUGUUCAGCAUGUUCCUCCUCUAUGACACACAGAAGGUCAUCAAGAGGGCAGAGACACAUCCGCUCUACGGUGUUCAGAAAUAUGACCCUAUCAAUGCGUGUUUGGGGAUUUACAUGGACACUAUGAACAUCUUCAUGAGACUGGUGAUGAUCCUGGCCAACGGCGGUGGCGGCAGAAGAAAGUAAACAGCAGCAGUGUGACUUCAGCUUUAAUUUGACAACAUCACAUUUUACUGCCAGCAGCAUAUGCCAUGUGUGAUCUCUUAGUGACACAACUAGUCUAACUGGUUAAUAAAAAUGACUGCUUUGAAAUUGUGCAAGGACUGCACCGGCAAAUUAAGAGCGAUGACCUUCAUUGUGGAAGCUUGUGUUUUAUCCUGAGGGGUACAGAUGGUUUAUAAUGUCUGCAUUAUUUGUAUUAUUUGUUUUGUAUUUAUUUCCACUUGUUGAUGUUUCUGUUUCUAAUGAGAAGGGAGGAGUUAGCGUUUAUGUUUAUGCAACAGAAAUGUCACAAGUCAACCCAUAGACAUAACCAUAGAGUGUAAUAAAUAACAUGGCUGUAUGCACUUUCUCCAUUAUAAACUGAUCUACAUCUGUGAGGGGUUAAAAAUGUUGGCACUAGUUCAUAUAUUUUUGAGAAAAUAAACAUUUAUUUCAGCAACGGGAUCAUUCAAUAAACAAGCAAAAAGUUA